AUGUCACUACAUUUAAUAGAAUUACUUUACAAUGGCAUUUUCAAAAUAAUAUAUUUUUAUUGCCUGAUAUUGGGCAUAAUACCGGGUGUCUAUGAUUGGCAAGAACUUAAAUUUAAAGUAACUAAACUGUAUCUUAUAUUCAGUGUCUGUAUACAAUUAACUUUUGUGGGCCUAACACUGCUGUCUUCACCUUUUAUGCUGCACAAAAAUAAUUAUAUGAGUAAUAAGCCUAUACUGCAAUGGACUCAAAUGGUGGGUACCGUAGCCAGGAUUACCACAAUUAUAGCCAUCAGUGUUCAGAUUUGGCUUGGAAGACAAGGUUAUAUGGAUUUAUGUGACAUGUAUAAUAGAUUUUUGCACAAGUAUCAUGAUUUCUUAAAAAGUAUUCGCUGUAAUAUUGAGAACGCUUUCAAGAAGGAAGAUAAACGUUUGAAAAAACUCAUGAUUUAUAAAUUUAUUUCGUUACACUUGCAUGCCUUUGCCAUUUCCUCUAUGUAUAUGGAAAUGCAAGAAAAUCCUGAUCAGGGCUAUUAUAUUAUGGUCGCCCUAAACACAAUGCAGGGUCUUUAUCUUUUGACGGCCAACUUACAAUUCAUGUUGGUGUUAUGUCAAAUGAAUAUGAGAUUUUCUUAUAUCAAUAUUUCUCUAGAAGCGCUGCAGCAUGAAAAGUUUCCAGCCAACGAUUUAUUGAAUUAUUAUUUAAUUUUGUAUAAAAUGCAUAUGGAAUGUUUUCAAAUGGCACGUUUAGUUCUGAAGUCUAGUAAAACGGUGACUUUUUUCAUGCUGCUGAAAAUUUUCACCACCAAUAUUAUAAUAUUGUAUCAUGCGGUAUUGGUGAUAAUGAGCACUUUACAUUCUAAUAGUACGGUGAAUUUGAUUGGUACUUUGUGCAUAGUGAACUUUUAUUGGGACACUUUACUGAUAAUUACGGCCAUUGAUCAGGUUUUGUGGUCGUGUAAUCGGACGGCAUCAAUAUUACAAGCAACUUGCUUUGAAUUGAGGCGGAGAGAGGAUAUAGAGAUGUUUGGAAAAUUGACGCAAUUGGUAAGUAAUGAAAAUCAUUAA